CGACUCGCUUCCCUUGCCACUUACCUGGCCGCGCCUCUUCCCUUACGCUACUUCCGCCGAAGCGGUGGCGGGCGAAUUCAACGGCGAAGAGGAUCUUGAAGCGAAGCUGUCCUCAGGCCGCAAUGGCGGGAGGAGGUCGCGCAAGGCCCAGGAGGGUUCGCUCCGCUGGGGAGGCCCGGGCAGGUGCUGUUGAUGCUGAUGCUGCUUCUCCCUCGCGGCGGCGCCGGUCGGAGAGGAUCGCGUCGCCCUCGGCUCAGCCCGUGUCGCAGGGGAAGCCGAGCCCGGUGGCGAGCAAAGUGCCAGGCGGCAAUCUGACAUCUGGACCAUUUCCAAUGCGGCCGGUCACUGUGAAAAAGAUCAUGCCACGAAAUCGGCAGAUAAAAGAAACAGCCUUAAUUCCCCGUCGGAGUCCAAGGAAUUCAUUAAAAGAAGACAAGGAAAACAUUCCUCUGAGAGCCACAGAGGUUGAAAACAUUCCUCUGAGAGCCACAGAGGUUGAAAGUAAUGCCAAGGUGGAACUGAAGCCUUCUCCCCUGCACAGCUCUUUGCAUCCUGAGGCCGGGGCCUUACCAGUAGGGACCGACCUCCUGCCCCUGGUCAGUGCUGAUGACGAGCAAGAACUGGCCAGGGCAAAAAGAGUGCGCCGGUCUUACAGCCGCCUGGAGAACCCCUUAAGCCACAGUUUCCUGGGGAGGCGACAAGAGUCUCCCAGCUCCGGCCUGUCGGACACUUCCACACCUGCCCAUGGCCCAGUCAAGCGGCAGACUCUUUUUGGCUUUGAUAAGCUUCUGGUUCCAGGUGAGCUCGCCAGCAUCUCUCCUGUGAACACAGCUGCUCCCCAGAUGUCAGCAGUGGCAAAACCUGGAGUCAUCAAUGAGAGAGACACAGAAAUCCCAGGUAUUUCGUUUUUCAAGGAAAAACGAAGGAAGAAGAAGAUGCCACAAUUUGAUGUAUCACAGCUGGAUGAAUGGGCAGCCCAGAUGAACGCAGAGUUUGAAGAAGCUGAGAGAUUCGACCUCCUUGUGGAAUAAAGGCUCCUCUUUCACUGGAGCUCUGCCUGUCUGCUCCUUGAGUGCUUUGUUCGCAGAUUUGGGGCUUGUCCUGUGGAACUCUUCUGAUUCUCCAAACCCAGAAAGCAGUACGUCUCUUUGCUGCCAGGUGGACUUGAUGGCAAAUUGCAAACUGGGUAAUGAUGUUGUACAGGUCCAGCUGCUGGGUGAUGACUUUCUCUUGAGUUUUGACAGUGGCAGAGGCAAGGAUGACAGCUUCCGGCUGCAUCCCAUGUAAUAUUUGCUAAAUAGCUUGUCUUGUGCCUUUGAAACAUCACAUCUGCGUGAUCUGA